UCCUGAGAGAGGCGGCGGCGGCCUGGGCCUGGGUCUGCGGCGCCCGGCGGGGACGGGACGUGGGCGCCCAUUUGGGGAGGUGCGCGGACCCCUGGAGGUAGUGGCGGGAGGGGCUGUAAGUCGGACCGGCUCCCUCUCCGCCCGGCAGAGCCCAUCCUCCCCGGGGGUGACAGGAGGGCCGGGUUCUGCUCCGCCGCUCCUGGAAGGGGCAGGAAGCCGCCUCGUCCCGGGAACCCCCUCGCCGGCCCCGCCCCGCGCACGGCGCUCUGUGCGCUCGGCUGGCGCUCCGGCGCGGGGGCCGCGGGAGGCCAUGUCCGGCCCUCGCGCCGGCUUCUACCGGCAGGAGCUGAACAAGACGGUGUGGGAGGUGCCGCAGCGGCUGCAGGGGCUGCGCCCGGUGGGCUCGGGCGCCUACGGCUCCGUCUGCUCGGCCUACGACGCGCGUCUCCGCCAGAAGGUGGCGGUGAAGAAGCUGUCGCGCCCCUUCCAGUCGCUGGUCCACGCGCGGAGGACCUACCGGGAGCUGCGGCUGCUCCGGCACCUGAAGCACGAGAAUGUCAUCGGGCUGCUGGACGUCUUCACUCCGGCCACGUCCAUCGAGGACUUCAGCGAAGUGUACCUGGUGACCACGCUGAUGGGCGCCGACCUCAACAACAUCGUCAAGUGCCAGGCGCUGAGCGACGAGCACGUGCAGUUCCUCGUGUACCAGCUGCUCCGCGGGCUGAAGUACAUCCACUCGGCCGGGAUCAUCCACCGGGACCUGAAGCCCAGCAACCUGGCGGUGAACGAGGACUGUGAGCUCCGGAUCCUGGACUUCGGGCUGGCACGCCAGGCGGACGAGGAGAUGACGGGCUACGUGGCCACGCGCUGGUACCGCGCCCCUGAGAUCAUGCUCAACUGGAUGCACUACAACCAGACAGUGGACAUCUGGUCUGUGGGGUGCAUCAUGGCCGAGCUGCUCCAAGGAAAGGCCCUCUUCCCGGGAAGUGACUACAUUGACCAGCUGAAGCGCAUCAUGGAGGUGGUGGGCACGCCCAGCCCCGAGGUGCUGGCAAAGAUAUCCUCGGAACACGCCCGGACCUACAUCCAGUCCCUGCCUCCCAUGCCCCAGAAGGACCUCAGGAGUAUCUUCCGUGGCGCCAACCCCCUGGCCGUGGACCUCCUGGGAAGGAUGCUGGUGCUGGACAGCGACCAGAGGCUCAGUGCGGCCGAGGCCCUGGCCCACGCCUACUUCAGCCAGUACCACGACCCUGAGGACGAGCCCGAGGCCGAGCCCUAUGACGAGAGCGUGGAGGCAAAGGAGCGCACCUUGGAGGAGUGGAAGGAACUCACCUACCAGGAAGUCCUCAGCUUCAAGCCCCCAGGGCCACCGCAGCCCCCAGGCAGCCUGGACGUUGAGCAGUGAGCCGCUCUGGAACUCACGGAGGGGCCCGAGCCUGCCCACCCCGGCUCCACAGCCUGCCGGGUUCCCACCAGGAUUGCCUCCCACCUCAUGACCCCGGCCUGGGACCCCUGGUCUGCAUGCCGCUCCCGUGGGAGUCUGCGCACACAUAUGAAUGCAUGAACGUGUGCACGUGUGCAAGCCGUGGGCGUAGGAGCCUGGACAGAGCGUCCUGGCCUUCCUUGGUCCUCUCACCGCAUCCCAGCAAGCGGGGUCUCCCUUGGGCCCUUACUGUGGAGGCCUGAAUGCCUGAGGGGUCCCUGGGGAGUGUGUUUGUCUCCAGAUCUCAGUCCCAGUAGGCUGUCUGUUGGGGGUGGUGCACUGGGGCCAGGGCCCCCGGAGACUCAAAGGGCAGGGACUCCGUGGUCUGAGCUGCUCAGCCCAGAAGUGGGGGGCUACCCUGGGAAACGCUGAGACCCAAAGGCCUGAGAGCUGGGCAGGGUCUUCCCCGGGGGGUGGCAGGGCAGGGACAGCCACCAAGUGUCACAUCAGAUGGCCUGGAGCCACGUGUUUUCCUGUGUUGUGUGGCACAUGCGCCCUAAUGUGUGUUCCUUGUAUGUACAUGGGAAGGCGUGUAUGAAUCCAUGGGCACCCGGGGCCAGUCUGUACUAGCAGGAGGCCCACGUUGGGGUGGCUGUACCUCCCUCCCCACUCCCCAGCGUCUGCUGCCAUUGAGGGGGUGCUGAGGUCCUGCUGUGCACCAUGCGAGGGGCUCAGGUGGGCCAAAGCCAUGGCAUUCUCCUUGGGUUUCUGAAGCCUGAGGGCACAGUGCCAGCUGGGGAGCUGGCAGUCAGGGGGCUGGGGGGACCUAAAGGGGCUGGCCCACAUCGAGGCGCACUUGGACCCUGGCCCUGCCGCCGAGAGCUGGGGUGCUCUGACCUGUGGGUCGGCCCUGACCCUCCCUCCUUCCAGUAACCUCUGCUCCAGAUGUGGUAGAGAUGUGCGUCUUCUCUGUCCAGGGGUGGCGUCAGGUGCCAGACAGUGGCCUCCUGCCUCGUGGGACCCAGGGAGGGCUAAGUGUCCAGUGCCUGCACUUGGUGUCUCAAUAAAGAACAUUUCUUCACUCUG